AUGGUCCAGAUCAGUGAAGUCAAGGGCAACUCGCGCGAGAACCGGACCGCAGCGCACACCCAUAUCCGCGGCUUGGGCUUGCGCUCAGAUGGUACUUCGGAGGUUACAGGUGAUGGAUUUGUCGGGCAAGCAUCUGCCCGAGAGGCAUGCGGCGUGGUAGUCGACCUUAUCAAGGCCAAGAAGAUGGCUGGCCGAGCAGUCCUGCUUGCUGGUGGCCCUGGUACCGGAAAGACCGCGCUUGCUCUUGCUGUAUCACAGGAGCUGGGAACAAAGGUUCCCUUUUGCCCGAUCGUUGGUAGCGAGAUCUACUCUGCGGAGGUCAAGAAGACAGAGGCUUUGAUGGAGAACUUCCGGAGGGCAAUUGGAUUGCGCGUUCGCGAAACCAAAGAGGUUUAUGAGGGUGAAGUGACCGAGCUCACCCCCGAGGAGACCGAGAACCCACUGGGUGGCUACGGCCGCACCAUUAGCCACCUGAUAAUUGGAUUGAAGUCCGCCAAGGGCACCAAGAAGCUUCGUCUGGACCCCAGCAUCUACGAGGCUAUCCAGAAGGAGCGCGUUACUGUCGGAGAUGUCAUCUAUAUCGAAGCCAACACCGGUGCGUGCAAGCGUGUUGGUCGUUCCGAUGCCUAUGCCACCGAAUUCGAUUUGGAGGCGGAGGAGUAUGUGCCCGUUCCUAAGGGGGAGGUUCACAAGAAGAAGGAAAUCGUGCAAGAUGUCACACUCCACGAUCUGGACAUGGCCAACGCCCGGCCGCAAGGAGGACAGGAUGUUAUGAGCAUGAUGGGCCAACUGAUGAAGCCCAAGAAGACCGAGAUUACAGACAAGUUGCGACAAGAGAUCAACAAGGUGGUCAACCGGUAUAUCGACCAGGGUGUGGCUGAGCUUGUCCCUGGUGUGCUCUUCAUUGAUGAGGUCCACAUGCUCGAUAUUGAGUGCUUCACAUAUCUGAACCGUGCUCUGGAGUCCACAAUUUCCCCUAUUGUCAUUCUUGCCUCUAACCGUGGUCACACUGUCAUCCGCGGCACCGACGAGAUCAGCGCCGCCCACGGCAUCCCGCCCGACCUGCUUGCCCGCCUUCUCAUCAUCCCCACCAACCCCUACGCCCCCGAAGAGAUCAAGACUAUCAUCCGAACUCGUGCGAAGACGGAAGGUCUUAACAUUACCGAUCCUGCACUGGACAAGGUUGCCGAGCACGGUAGCAAGGUCUCCCUGCGGUACGCUUUGCAACUGUUGACUCCGGCAAGUAUCCUUGCCCGCGUGAACGGUCGACCUGGUGGAAUCGAAGUGGCCGAUGUUGUCGAGUGUGAAGAUCUGUUCCUGGAUGCGAAGCGCAGUGCUGCGAUCGUCCAACAGGAUGCCAGCAAAUUCCUUCUCUAG